ACGUUCAACCUCCCGGCUUCUCAGACGCGAUGACAGUCGAGGCGGACGCGUGAGUGCAUCCCACAGGUGUGCUGUUGCCUAAUGAGCCGCGGCUCUCGGAGACUCUCGGACACGCGCGCGCACACACUCGCACACACCUGGAGAUGAGCACGUGACUCGGUACCUGGGCGUGGAGAAAGUCCCCGAUAUCCGAGCAGCAGAGUCUUUUGUUGGGGAGUUGCUCGGGUCGCCUUUCAAGGGGAAUUGACAAAUCGGCAAUUCAAGUAACGUUGUCCCGUGUUUUCUACGGAGUAGUGCCCCUCCACCCCCCCCCCCCCCUCGCGGGACGCGUGGGGUGAGUUCCGGGAAAGCUGCUGGAUCCCAGAAAAGAAGGCUGACUGACUGCGGCACUUUUCCAAAGCCUUUUUAUUUUAUUUAUGCACAUGAGGUCCAAGUUUUAAAAGCCAACAAGACGCCCGUCGAUACGAGCCCGGGCCCUUAAUGAAGCUGGGGGUCAACAGCAGUGUGCGGCUAAUUGGCCAAGUUUGCCUGGGGCUCCGGCUGCCUGUGAUUGAAGUGUCCAGUGAGGGCCCACUGUGCAGCCGCCGCUGCACCCUGCUCUGUUCCACUCCAACAGCCAAGACGCUCACUGCACCCGCGUCCGCCUCUCCCUAAGAUGGCAAGCUGGGUCUCCCUCCUCCUCUUUCUCUUCUGCCAGCCACUCUCACAAGCCCGGGAGGAAAUCAGCACCACCCCCAUCCUGGAGUUCACCUCCGAGACGGCCAUCAACAAUGUGGUCCAGGACCCGCAGACCGGUCGGAUCUACCUAGGGGCGGUCAACGCCAUCUACCAGCUGGGGCCGUCCCUCCGCCGGGAGGCUCGUGCCGAGACGGGCCCCAAAGAGGACGCCCGGACCUGCACGCCUCCUGCCUCUGCCUGCCACGACACCAAGCCCAUGCCCAACCUCAACAAGCUUCUGCUGGUCCAUCCGUCCAACGGUUCGCUCAUCGUCUGCGGCAGCCGCUACCGUGGCAUCUGCUCCCUCCUCAACCUGAGCAAUGUGGAAGAGCAGCUGUACUACAGCGACAACAAAGGGGAGCGGACUUAUGUGGCCAGCAUAGAGGAUAACGUGAACGUGGUGGGCGUCAUGUCCAACUACUCCAGAGAUGGCCACUCCUUCGGCGUGUUUCUUGUGGGCAAGGGCUACGGGAGCCUGGACAGUACCAAACUCAUCAGCACCCGAAUCCUUCAGGACGUGUGGGAUUGGGUCGUGUUCGAGAGCAUCAUCGAAGCGUCUACGGUGCAGACGACGCCGUUUGUCCCCAAGUACCUGCACGACUUCCGCCACGCCUUCAAAGAGGACGGUUUUGUUUACUUCCUCUUUUCGCGGACACUCGAUGGUACGGACAACAAAAACCUCACCUUCGUGUCGCGUCUUUGCGAAGAUGACCACCACUACUACUCCCACACGGAGCUGCAGUUAGUGUGCGGCAAAAAUACUCGAUACAACAAAGUUCAAGCUGCGUAUGUGGCGUCUCCGGGAAAAGAGCUUGCCCGGGUCAUGACUGAAUCGGGUACGAAGGAGAAGGUCGCCCCGUGGAGCAAAGUUCUCUUCAUGGUGGCGAGUCAGGAGGACGACGUCCACCAGUCGGCUCUCUGCAUGUACCCACUCGACUCCAUCAAUGAACGUCUGGUGGAUAUCAUCGGCGCCUGCUAUAGCAACUCAGGGAAGCAUCACGGGUUGCCUGUUGUGGACAUUCCCUACUCGUCUAAAACUGACUGCACAUCAACAAUUCCGAAGGAUACGUUGGAAAACUUCAAGUGUGGAGGAGAUUUUCUGCCUUCCCCUCUGGCCAGCAAUCCCCGAUAUGCCCUGACUGCAGAUGCGGUUUGGAGCUGGUCAGGCAUGCUGACCGCUGUGGCCGUCACCGUGGAGAAUGAUCACACUAUCGCUUUUUUGGGGAACACCCAGGGAGAGGUCUUCAAGGUGCACCUGGCCGAUACGGCGUACCUGUACAGUAAGACCCCUGGCGACGCCAUGGGAGAGAAGGUCAACAAGAACCUUUUCUUUGAUCUCAGUCAAAGCCACCUCUACAUUACCACAGAGAAGAAGAUCACCAAGGUGCCAGUGCAGACGUGCCUCCAAAAGAAGGACUGCCAAUCAUGUGUGGAACUGAGGGACCCUUACUGUGGCUGGUGUGUCCUGGAGGGCAGGUGUACCAGGAGGUCUGAGUGCCGCCGGGCGGAGGAGAAGAAUGGAUGGCUGUGGAGCCCCAAGCAGCAGUGUGUCAAGAUUGUCUCCUUCUACCCCGCAAAUCUUUCUUUUAAAAAGACUCAAAAGGUGAAUAUCAACAUCCCCUCCCUUCCUGCCAUUGGGCUCUCUGACCGUUUGCUGUGCUCCAUCAAGUCGUUUGAGAGCGAAGGCACCAUGUCUGACUCUGGUCAGGUCUCCUGCGAUCUACCCAACCCUUCACUUAUACCACCCACACCUGCGGACCAAGACUUUGUGGCCGUGGCCAUCCGGGUCUUCGUCAAUGAGACUGUGGAGCUGGCUACGCGGGACUUCAAGUUCUAUAACUGUGCUGCCACAGUGAAGAAAUCCGAAAACACGCCGUGCAUGUCAUGUGUGGCCAGUUCGUGGGGCUGCCAGUGGAACACACAAGACUACACCUGCAGCGACAUGGACGAAGGCGCGGUGGGGCCCAACAUUAUCAAACACCGUCAGGGAGCAAAGUGUCCUCACUUUGAGAACCCAGAUCCUGUGUUGAUCCCCGUGGGCUACAAGACUCGUAUCAGCUUCGAGGGGAUCAAUUUGGACGUCUACCAGGGUCAUGUUUUCAUAAUCGGUACCGAACUAAUGAGAAACACGGAAGAGGAGGUCAAGUUUGAGAACGGGCACUUCUACACCUUCAGCGGCUUCAAUUUUUCUUACGACAAGUCACCAGACACCAACGUUCUCUUCUACGUGAAGCACAAAGAGUCGGGGAAGAAGAUGGACAGCACACUCAACGUCACCCUUUACAAUUGCUCCGUGGGCAGGGAAGACUGCAGUCUCUGCAAGAACGCAGACCCAAAGUACAGGUGUGUGUGGUGUGCCAAACAGAGGGCGUGUGUGUACGAGAAGCUGUGCAAUCCGGACCAGCAAGGGGCCGCGGAUCCUCACAGCGCGCAGUGCCCCGACCCUCAGAUCACCGACAUCAUCCCUCGAUUCGGUCCCCUGCGGGGAGGGAUCUCCAUCACCAUCCGCGGCUCCAACCUCGGCAUCUACAAGGAAGACAUUAAAAGCAUCAGCGUGGUUGGGCAGCCAUGUAUCCAUCAGAAGGAGAAGUACUCAGUUUCCACCAGUGUGGUGUGUGAGAUCGGCCCGGUUGGCCCUGAAAAUAAUAGAAAUGGCACGGUGGAGGUGGAGGUGAAGGGAGGAAAGAGAGGAACCUCAUCCGUGUACUUCACUUACAGGGACCCGAUUCCAAAGACGGUGAGACCCUUUAGAGGUCCAAAAGUUGGGGGCACCCUCAUUACUAUUUCCGGGCAAUUUCUGGAGACUGGCAGUAUGGACGAUGUCACGGUUACUAUGGAAGGGCUGGCCUGCACUGUGUUGAGCUUCGGACAAGAGAUCACCUGCAGGACGGGAGAAUACCGAUCAGAUAAGGUGCCCUCUGACCCUCUCACCGUGACCGUGAAGUACGGAAAGGAGACCAUAACAAGCAUCCCAAGGGCCUUCCUCUUUCUGGACAACCCCGUCGUGCUCGACCACCUACCCAAAGCAAGCUUUGUCUGUGGAGGGAGGAACAUUGUGGUGACUGGCUCCGGCUUCGACCUAAUCCAGACUGCAUUCCUCAAGGUCCAAGCAGACAAUUCAAUAGCCUUUGAGGAGGCCCACGAGAAGAACGACACGGUCAUCCAGUUUCGCUCUCCACGAGUAAACCGCUCCCUGAACCAGCCCUUUAAAACCUUCAUCCAGCUCGACAACUUGGAGAAGCAACUGAGCCCGUUCGAGUACCACCCUGACCCCAGCUUCCACGAGCUGACCAAGAAGGUCAUCACGGAGACCAGCAUCAUCAUCGUCACUGGUCGGGGAUUCUCCAAAGCCAUGACGGCCAAAGAGGCUCAAGCGUUUGUGGGCGACGUUCCCUGUCUGGUCAACACACUUCAGGACGACAAGUUGUUUCUGGACCCGCCUUCCACGAUGCCCAGCGCUCGCUCCCGGCGGCAUCGCAGAGACACGCGGCCCGAACUGCUGGAUUUAACGAUCAAGUUUGGGAACGGGGAGUGGGUGGUGGGCUCGGUGCAAUACGAGAAGAAGAAUGAGUUGCCACUCUACAUCAUCAUCCCUGCUGUCAUUGUGCCCAUGCUGCUCAUCAUUGCGAUCUCUGUCUACUGCUACAGGAGAAAGAGUCAGCAGGCAGAGAGAGAGUACGAGAAGGUGAAACACCAGCUUGAGAAUCUGGAGGAGAGCGUACGUGACCGCUGCAAGAAAGAAUUCACAGACCUGAUGAUCGAGAUGGAGGACCACACCAACGAACUGAGCGAGGGACGGAUCCCCUUCCUGGACUACAAAACCUACACCGACCGCGUCUUCUUCCUGCCCUCCAAGGACGGCGCCAACGACGUGAUGAUCACAGGAAAGCUCAACAUCCCAGAGGCCCGACGGGCCGUAGUGACUCAGGCUCUCAACCAGUUCUCCAACCUCCUGAACUCAAAGACCUUCCUCCUUAAUUUUAUCCGUACCCUGGAGCGCAGUAAUGACUUCAACGCCAGGGCAAAGGUGUACUUCGCAUCCCUGCUGACGGUGGCUCUGCACGGCAAACUGGAAUACUACACCGACAUCAUGAGGACGCUGCUGCUGGAGCUGAUGGGGGAAUACGUCCUCAGCAAGAACCCUAAACUCAUGUUGCGCAGGUCGGAGACGGUGGUGGAAAGGAUGCUAUGCAACUGGAUGUCUAUCUGCCUUUACCAGUUUUUAAAGGACUCUGCAGGAGAACCCUUGUACAAACUGUUCCGAGCCAUCAAGCACCAGAUCGAGAAAGGGCCCGUGGACGCCAGAGUGAAGAAAGCCAAGUACACCCUCAACGACACGGGCCUGUUGGGCGACGAUGUCGAGUACUCCGUCCUGACUCUGCAAGUGCUGGUGCACGGCGAGGGUCCGGAUGUGACGCCCGUCAAGGUGCUGAGCUGCGACACCAUCUCGCAGGUGAAAGAGAAGAUAAUUGAGCAGGUGUACAGGAACCUGCCGUACUCCCAGCGGCCAAAGGUCGACGGUGUCACGCUGGAGUGGCGCCCGGGCUCAACGGGGCAGAUUUUGUCGGAUCUGGACUUGACUUCCCAGAAAGAGGGCAGAUGGAAACGCAUCAACACUCUGGCUCACUACAACGUACGAGAUAACGCCACAUUAGUCUUGUCCAAAGCGUUCUCCGUUCAUCAGAACUACGACCAGAACCAGGAAAACCACGAAGAGCGAAACGCUCUGCUGGAAGAUGACAAGGUCUUUCACUUGGUGAGGCCGGCAGACGAGCUGGAUGAGGUCAAAUCCAAACGAGGGAGCAUGAAGGACAAGUCGAUGACCAAAGCAAUUACAGAGAUCUAUUUAACACGGCUCCUUUCCGUCAAGGGAACGCUGCAGCAGUUUGUGGAUGACUUCUUCCGCAGCGUGCUGUGCUCUGGGGCAGUUGUUCCACCGGCUAUCAAAUAUUUCUUUGACUUCCUGGAUGAGCAGGCACUGAAACACAACAAUGUGGACGAGGAGACCAUCCAUAUCUGGAAGACUAACAGUCUUCCUCUGCGCUUCUGGGUGAACAUCCUCAAGAAUCCCCACUUCACCUUUGAUGUCCACGUGUCUGAAGUGGUGGACGCCUCACUCUCCGUCAUCGCCCAGACCUUCAUGGACGCCUGCACCAAGAGCGAGCACAAACUCAGCCGCGACUCUCCAAGUAACAAACUACUCUAUGCAAAGGAGAUCUCCACCUACAAGAAGAUGGUGGAUGAUUACUACAAGGGCAUCCGGCAGAUGGUUCCUGUCAGCGAUCAGGACAUGAACACUCAUCUGGCAGAGGUGUCACGGUCUCACACAGACAAACUGAACACACAAGUGGCUCUCCAUCAGCUGUAUCAAUACGCCAGCAAAUACUAUGAUGCGAUCAUCACAUCCCUGGAAGAGGACCCAGCUGCCCAAAGUAAGCAGCUGUCCUUGCGGCUCCAGCAGAUAGCAGCCGCCCUGGAAAACAAAGUGACUGAUCUCUAACCCACGAGUGGAGGGGAGGAGGGGGGUGAAUGGUAGUGACUACACAGGCUUGUUUCUUCAUUUAGAGUAUAAACCAUGGAAGUAAAAGGGGGGUGUGUAUAUUGUACAAGUUGUCCCGGGGACUGUGGAGUAGCAGGGACUUAAUGACAUGCAGAUAGAGAGCAGAAGGGGGAGGGAAAUGAUGUGUUACACUGUCAUAGGUACGCCUUAAAGCUCACUUGCCAAACCUUAAAGGUCUGCUCGCUCAUUCACGCUUCGCUGAAUAUUGCUCCCACAAUGCAGCGCGGUAGACCUAUCUCUGAGAAUUAAGCCCCUCUGUGGAGGCACAGGCGAUAAUCAGAUGUUCAAUUUCUUUCUGUGUAGAAAAGGUUUUAAGAAUUGUAUUAUAUAUUUUUUUUAUUGUGCAGUCUUUAUGCGGAAAGCUUUAUAAAGAAAACAAAUUAUCUUUUUAAAUGGAUCACCGUGUAGUGUGGAUAGUGUUUUUAUUAGCCUAUGUGUGCGUAGAUGUCUGUGUGAAGUAACACAUGUGAACACGAGAGUGCGUUGCUAAAUUUUAAGUGUGUGUGAAUGGGUGUGAAUGGGUAUGCACACACAGGAUGCCUACUGUCAGGCGUGGAGACCAAGGGGACGCCUGCUUUCCGUCAUUUGAAGCCCUCGUACCCAGUGACACACUGGAGCCUGUGCUCUCACAGAGCCGUCUGACAGAGACCAAAGGGUCCUCAGCGGGACACCGGUUAAUCUAGCAAUGCACAGGCUCAAAUGAUUGCUUGGUCAAUAGAAGUUUCAGAAAAGUUUGAGUAGAAUAAGUUGGAUUGCCAUUUGUGCUCGUGGGAAUCGAUAAUAGCGCAGUCUGUCUCCCUUUAUUGUACAGCGCCAUGAUACAUUCCACUUCAACUAAAGCACAGAAGGACAUUUCAAACGGUUUUUAAGACAUUUCGUUCAUAUUUUCGCUGUGCUGUAAAAGUUUUUAUUUUUAUUUUUUUGGAAGCGUCAGCUAAAAGCAACUUUAUUCUGCCAUGGAACAAUGUUAGCACUGCAAUAAUGUCAGAAUAGCAUGAGCCACAAUCGACACUCACACUAGCUUACUAUGUGUAUUCACAUCCAGUAGCAAUUCAGCAAUAUGUUAGAGAAAUUUCCAGAUUGAUUCAUUUGUUAGUGUUCAUGAUUUUUUGUGCCAUUUUUUUGUAUUGCUCUUGUAAUGUCCCAAAUAGUCAUCAGGCAUCGGGCCACUAAAGCUAUGAAAUAGACUUUUGCUGAUUACCUGCCAGAGAUGCAGUUGGUACUUGGUCAUUUUAAACAAAUUAUAGCGAUUCUACCCCCUGUGUGAUGUUCGGGAGAUCAGAUUCAAUCGUGUACAUAAUUGUUUGAGUAAUUGAGUUGUUGAUGUGUCAGUGUCAGAGCCGAGGUGUCGACAGGGUUUGAUAUUUCUUGGGCCGUUUAACGCCACCAUGCUUCGUCCCUUAUCAGUGGGGUUUGCUGUCGACGGAUGGCGAUUUAAUCGCACUCCCCGUAUCUCAUCGCGGAUGUGGGUAGUUGACCGAGCACAACGAGCUCCAGAGACUCCAGAAUGUUAACGAUUCCUGCCUUGGCUACAGAGCGGUUUGCACAGACCUCGAGCCUGCCCGUCUGCCUGCUGCCUCAGCGUGGCACUCUGGCAUCCCGACCAACAGCACUCUGCACUGCCCACUCAGCGCAGUGCAGAGUGGCACUCUGUAUAAUGGAAUCAGCAGGGGAGGCUUUCGAUCUUAAUUGCAUGCCGACCGCAGACUCCCGUCGUCGUCUCCGCCGUUGUUUACGGCUGACUCCGCCCUCACUGACAGAGUUGAUGCAAGAAGCUUCUUUCAGAGCCUUUCUUUAACCAAAAAUGUGCCUUAUUGAGUAGGAUGAUACAUAUAUAUUGUUUCUAAAUUAUUCUAUUGGUAAGUGAUUAUGAUGACGAUAGUGAUAUAGACACAGCAAUGUAUUUGAACUUGUGAUAUUAUGUGUGCUGUCUAAAUUGUUACAUGCCCUACAGCAGCCAUGUACGUGCCAAUUGGCUGAAGACAUUUCAGUAUGAUUUAUUUUACGGUUGCAGUUUCGAUGUGUGCAUUUCCUUUGGGUGUCUGUGGCGUGUGCUUAGUAGGACUUUGGUGGCUUUGAGGCAAAAGGCCAAAAUGGAUAAAUGUAAAACAAUGUGGCCAAUGUGAUUUGGGUUUUCCCUUGAAAAUGUCUAGCAUUCUUAAAUUAGUCUGAAAUCAAAAGGGUGACCUUGUGUAGAUUGAAUAUAGCGCAAAGUUGUUCCAGCAGUGUUUAUUUUCUUUCGGCUUGUGUUUCUAAGCUGUUCCUCGGUGUGUACGAUAAAUGACUAUCUAUACUCGACAAAUGACUUUUCUUACUGCUGUGCAGUUAUUUUUAUUUUCUUGUUUCCUAUACCAUAUAAAUCUUUGUAAAACAUGUUGAAAUACUGUAUCUUAACUGUAUAAUCCUAUGCAUUAAAGUCCUGGGGAAAAAAAAAACAAAAGAGAAAAAAAGCUAUUUGUGCAGAUGUCGAGACCUAUUUCCAUUUUGAAAAUUGUGAAUGUGCUGUAAUGAUUAAGAGAAACUUGGACACUCCAUUUCCAGUAAUAGGAGCCAACUUUUCAUCUAAGGCAGCUCAGGAGAAUCUCAAUCUUGUACCUGGUUUAGUUGUACUGGAUGAACUUAAUUUUGACAAAAGUUGUGUGUGGACGGUGCAGUUACCCACAGAUUUCAUCAUACACUCCUUCGUGAAUAAACUCUGAGACGUAUACGCCCUUCA